AACCCCUGGCCUCAAGCGAUCCUCUCAAAAUGCUAAGAUUACAGAUGUGAGCCACUGUACCCGGCCAGAUGAAGUCUAUUGAUAGCUUUUCUAGAGCUGAGAAAAAUGGAGGCUCUGAGAGGUCAAGGGCUGUGGCCAAGGUCAUAUGUGUCAGAGUCAGGACUUGAACCCAGAUCUGCCCACCUCAAAAGCCCAGUUAUCCUAUAAUCCUGCUCAUAGGAUCAGUCAGAGAAGUGGCAGAGUUUAGGUUGAGGGUUGUAUGAAGACAGAUGGGAAAGAUGAUGAAGGCUUCUCAGGGAAGAUAAAGGCUGAGGAGAGUCUGAUCAAAGUCUAUUAAAUCCUCUUGUGAGAAAUGAGGGAAGCCCAGCUGCCUUCCCAUACCUCAGCCUCCAGCACACAGAACCAGAGAGCCCUUGAGAUUUGAAAGAGAUGGUUUUAGAACAAAGGAAGUGCUGCAGAACAAAUUAAUAGACUGUCUUUCUUGCCCCACAAUUAAGAACAGAUAUACAGAGGUGCAAGGAGGAGAAGGAACACAUUGGCUGACCACCUAGUGAAUGCUAGGCACUGUGGUUGGUGCUUCACUUGUGUUGUCGCAUGUAAUCCUCAUAAUAGAUUUGCAAGGUGUAGGUCUCAACUCCAUUUUACUCAUAAGCAAAUUGAGGCUUGAGGAAGUUAAGCCAUUUGCCUAAGAUGACACAUGAUUAAGUGGCAGAAUUGGCUUUUGGAAUCCAGGUCUAUCUGAUACCAAAGUUACAUCAGGCUUCCUCCCUGCCCAGCCUUAGCAAUUCAAUAGUGCUGAAUAUGAGUGUCUAGAGUUUGUAACAAAGCUCAGAAAUGGCCUUUGGUUGAACCUUUUGCUAUUCAGAAAAAAAAAAAAAAAACUCUAUUAAACUAAUAAAGGAUUAUUAAUUCUGUAAGAGCUGGAUGAACAGACCCAACCAAAUUGAGCUGAAAAGCAGUGCUAUCCCAAACAUGUAGAAUGCUGCAAGCACUAAAUUGGUAUGAUUUCUCAGACCACAAACAUCCCAUAAGGUAACUGCUGGAAAAAGAACUGGGAGCUCUGUCACAAAAAAUCUGGGAUAUCCUGUACUCGAUCUUCAUCUCAUUGAUUCCCAGCCCUCAUUGGCAUAUUAAAGGCUCUGAGAAGUCCUACCUGAAGAAAACUGUAUUUGUGUUUAGCCCAGGUUCUAUCAAAAGUAUUUGAGAAUUGGGUAUUUUUCCUCCUGUUAAAAAUCUGUUGGGACAGUAUUCCAAGGCAUAAAAGGACACUGCUUUAAAUUUAGAAAUUGUUACUUAAGUAACAGUGAACUUUUGGUUUCCUGGAGUGCCAGGCAAUAAUCUGGAAGAAUAAUGGAGUAAUUAACAUAUAGAGAACAAAGCUAAAGCACUGUGCUAAGUAUUUUAUGUGCAUUAGAUUACUGAUUCCCCAGAGCACCCAAUGAGGUUGAUGCUACAAUAAUCCCAUUUUAGGGAGAAUAAAAUUGAGACCCAGAGAAGGUACAUAAUUUACCUAAAGCUACAUAACUAGCAAGAUCUUAGACAUGAAUAUAAACUGGCAUUGACUGAGUGCCUACUAUUAGGCGGAGAUCAUUACACAAACCCUCAGAGGUAAGGUCGUCUGUGUAGCUGAAGAAGUGGAAUGCUGCCUACUCUGGAUUAUGUCAGAGUCUAAGGCCAGAAACCCCUAGAAAUGAUGGCGUAGGCUGUUGGGAUGAGGUUGGGUCUGGCUACAUGGGGCCCUUUUGGGGGAUCAUUUCCCUCAGCCUAUGAAACACCAGGCACACCAACCAGGAGUCACACCAACUAAUUCCAACUCUUCCCCUUACCAGUUGUCUGUGACCUUGACCCAGACAGAUUCCUCUCUGAUCCUCACUUUCCCCUGUGUCUCAGGUGUUUAAGGAAGAGUGACUAUGGCUGGCUCCAAGUUGAGGCUCAAUGAAGUCAAUACAUAAAAGGAGGGCUACAUACCAAGAGCUGUCACCCCCACACCCGAACAGCAGAAACUCAGCAAACCAGGAGUCACCUCUCUGGCUUAGCCUGGCCUUGGCCUGGCUGCCCACCACAGUGGUAAUCAGCCUUUCUGAGAUCCUGUGGCAAAAGUGCCCAACUGCCAGACCCAGGGCUCCCAGAGUCUUGUUCCCUUGGCAACAACUCUCACCAUGGAGACCACAGCCCAUCCUUGCCCUCUCUGUAAGCUCCCUCUCCACAAACCUCCCCUGUUCAACAUCCAGUCCUAGGAGUAGUGUAGGUACUGAGGAAGGCUUCAAGGAGGUACUUCCUCGGGGUGAGGAGUUGGAGGCACAGCCAGCAAGAGAGGCAAAGGGAACUUUCAUUUUUUGAGUGUCCACUUCAUGCCUAGCAAGGUUCUGAGGAGUCUGCCACAUACGUUGUCUCAUUUAGGUUGAAAACCAGGUACUCACCCUAUUUUCUCAAAGUGGAAACUGAGGCUCAAAGGCAACAUGAACCAGCCCAGAGUUUUGCAGCUGGUGGAUGAUGGAGCUGAAACUUGACUCCCCAUCCCUACCCAUAUUGCCAAGACACCAGCCUCCGGCCACAGUCUGGGGAGGGUUGGGUAGCAGGGUGGAUCCCAUUCAGCCUCAUCUCUGCUGGCAGCACAAGCAGCAGCCAGCAACCCUUUGAGGUCUGGGCCGGGCCCAGCAGCAGCAGCGGAGGAACUGCACUAUUUUAAGCCAGGGCCGGAGGGCCCCUGUGGGCACAGGGAGGGUGGCCUCGGGCCCUUGGCCAGCUUCCCGGAAGUCACCAUGGCCUCCCUCCUCUCCCCCGAGCAGCUUUCUGAGGCAGUCACUUCCCUACAAACAGGAAGGAGGCCCUUAGGCUGGGAACCUCCAGCCCCAGCUUCCUCCCCAUACCCCUCCCCAAGUCUUCUUUACUACAUGGGGGAGCCCACCAGCUCCAGGUCCUGAUCGAUGUCUCUUAUCCAGUCUGAUGCCUGGCAAAUGCUGGUCACCAUGAGCCAGACGAGCAGAAGUAUCCCCGGAUUUGGUCCCAUUCAAUGACCCCUAAAAAGAGAGCAAAGCAAAACAGACUAAGAGGCUGCAAGUAGCAGAGAGAGACAAAUUGGGACAUUAUUGAGGCACAGUGACAGACUCAUCGUGACAGAGACAAAAUUAGAUGCUCAGAGACAAAAACAGACAAGCGAAAAGACACCAAAGACGGCCACAGAGGACUGGAGCCAAGAGAGCAGGGGGUGUCCCUGACCACUCCCAUCCCCCCACCCCUGAGCACAGGCCCUGUCUCAGGGCUGUGGGGGGCCCACCGGCUGCAUGGCUGAAGAGGAAUGUGGGGAGCAAGGCUGGGUCACCCCUAGAGGGCCAAGCGUGUGCACCAUGAGAUAAGCUACCCCAGGCCAGGGGCCCCAGCUGCACUGCAUGCUCUGGGAGCAUGGCGGAGAGGCCGGGCCCAAGGCUACAGCCAGCCCUGCCAGACAUCAGCUUCUGCAUUUCCUCCUGGGCCUCCACCAGGCCUCCUAUUCUAAAGGUCCCAGGUCCUCUGCUCAGCUCUGCCGGGCAUGCAGAUUCUGAGUGUCCCAUUCAUAGAAGAACAGGGAGGACCCUGGGAACAUCGCUGGCCACAAAGAGGCUCUCACCUUGCUGCUCCAGCUCUGGCUGCAGUCCUGGCUCAGAAGAAGAAGAAAAAAAUAGACCUAAAUGAAGAGAAACACCAACAAAGAAGGAGAGAGGCCCGCGGAGUCACGUGGGGGCAGAGACCAAUUGGGCCUCCGGUGGCCCCCCCCACCCCAGGGCGGGGAGGAGGAGGACGGACGGACAGGGCCAGCCUGCCGUCCGGCCGCCGCCCGCCACCCGCUGUGGUGCAAGGGAGUUCCUGCGUGCCCACAGUCACCAUCGCCCCACCUGGGCCGCCGGGGCCUCCCCCUGGAUCCCCGCUGUCCACCGUUCACCCUUAUCCGGCGUGAGAGCCCUCCUUCCGCUCCGCGGACGCCGCGGGCAUGGACUAUUCCUACGACGAGGACCUGGACGAGCUGUGCCCCGUGUGCGGGGACAAGGUGUCCGGCUACCACUACGGGCUGCUCACGUGCGAGAGCUGCAAGGGCUUCUUCAAGCGCACGGUGCAGAACAACAAGCACUACACGUGCACCGAGAGCCAGAGCUGCAAGAUCGACAAGACGCAGCGCAAGCGCUGUCCCUUCUGCCGCUUCCAGAAGUGCCUGACGGUGGGGAUGCGCCUGGAAGCUGUGCGCGCUGACCGCAUGCGGGGUGGCCGGAACAAGUUUGGGCCCAUGUACAAGCGGGACCGAGCCUUGAAGCAGCAGAAGAAGGCACAGAUUCGGGCCAAUGGCUUCAAGCUGGAGACAGGCCCUCCGAUGGGGGUGCCCCCGCCGCCCCCUCCAGCGCCGGACUACAUGCUGCCCCCCAGCCUGCAUGCGCCUGAGCCCAAGGGCCUGGCCUCUGGUCCACCUGCUGGGCCACUGGGCGACUUUGGGGCCCCAGCAUUGCCGAUGGCCGUGCCCAGCACUCACGGGCCCCUGGCUGGCUACCUCUACCCUGCCUUCCCUGGUCGUGCCAUCAAGUCCGAGUACCCGGAGCCCUAUGCCAGCCCCCCACAGCCUGGGCUGCCCUACAGCUACCCAGAGCCCUUCUCUGGAGGGCCCGGCGUGCCUGAGCUCAUCCUGCAGCUGCUGCAGCUGGAGCCGGACGAGGACCAGGUGCGGGCGCGCAUCGUGGGCUGCCUGCAGGAACCUGCCAAAGGCCGUCCCGACCAGCCCGCGUCCUUUGGCCUCCUGUGCAGGAUGGCUGACCAGACCUUCAUCUCCAUCGUGGACUGGGCACGCAGGUGCAUGGUCUUCAAGGAGCUGGAGGUGGCCGACCAGAUGACACUGCUGCAGAACUGCUGGAGCGAGCUGCUGGUGUUCGACCACAUCUACCGCCAGAUCCAGCAUGGCAAGGAGGGCAGCAUCCUGCUGGUCACCGGGCAGGAGGUGGAGCUGACCACCGUGGCCGCCCAGGCGGGCUCCCUGCUGCACAGCCUGGUGCUGCGGGCGCAGGAGCUGGUGCUGCAGCUGCACGCGCUGCAGCUGGACCGCCAGGAGUUUGUCUGCCUCAAGUUCCUCAUCCUCUUCAGCCUCGAUGUGAAGUUCCUGAACAACCACAGCCUCGUGAAGGACGCUCAGGAGAAGGCCAAUGCUGCCCUGCUCGAUUACACCCUGUGCCACUACCCGCACUGCGGGGACAAGUUCCAGCAGCUGCUGCUGUGCCUGGUGGAGGUGCGGGCCCUGAGCAUGCAGGCCAAGGAGUACCUGUACCACAAGCACCUGGGCAACGAGAUGCCCCGAAACAACCUGCUCAUCGAGAUGCUGCAAGCCAAGCAGACUUGAGCCUGGGCCGGCUGGGGCAGGGCUGGGGCUGGUGGGGGGUGGGGCGCAGCCACCUGAGGCCCUCCAGACGGUUUAUUUAAUGAUGCCAACCCAGGAGCCCCAUCCUGUAGUUCCCUGCCCCCGAGCUCUGAUGCUGUGUGUUUGGGAAGGUGGGUGAGACCAGGCAGGCCUGGCUGAGGUGAGGUGGCCCCUGCCAGCCACUGACACUUGCCUGCUACUCAGAGUGUCCCCCCAGGAGGUGGCUGCUGAGCACCCCCCCCCUCCCCCUGCUCCCAGCUGUCUGUCCUGGAGUCUGAAGCGUGGUCUGGGGAGGAGGUUCGGGAUGCCCUGGUGGGCCUCGAUGUCCCUUGGGUCAGAGAUCAUCCCUUCCCCCUCUCCUGAGGACAGACAGGGAGAAGCUGAGCGGUCGUCAACUGGGGGAGAAGAGAGGGUCCCCAGUGCUCCUCCAUGGACACCAGGAGGGAAGCCCUCUGCUUUGUAAACCAGGGAAACCGAGUUUGCUAAAUUGAUCGGGGGCUGUUGGGGCCUAGAGGACACUGGGUGACUGGUCAGGACAGAAAGACCCCUCCCGAGCCCUUCGACCCCAUCUGCCUUCUGCAGGGGGGACUUUGCUCCAUUAUCUGAAAGGAACUUUGGCACAGUCAUCUUUCUGUCCUGCUCCCACCAGGGAGACGUUUGGCACAUGCGAGCCCCACCGCGGUUGGCCAGCCCAGGCUGGUAUUUAUCUGCAAGGCUGUAGUCAAGAAGUUUUGUGGCUUUUUGGGUUUUUUUGUUUUGCCAAGACACUCUGUGAAAGAUGUGUGUGAUAGAGGGCACAGAUCCGAGGACUGGGGCUGGGAUUUGGGGAUUAGCACCAAGCGCAGCCCUUGGUUUCUCCCCACUCUCAUAGCAAGCACCCGAGGCGUGGUGCUGGGUCACCAGUUCUGAGCCCCCACCCAAUCCAGACAGAGGUGUUGCCUGCCCUCCACCCCACUAGAUGGACUGCAGGAUGCGCCGGUGGGGGGCUCAGAGUCACUGUGGGUGAACUUGGGAGGGUGCGUGUGUCUCUAGGUCAGGGACAACGCUGAUGGGCCCCUCACUCAUGGCCCCAUCCCAUCGGGUCCCUUGCUGCAAAUCCAGGAAGCUGGGCCUCAGCUCCCUGACCUCCUGCCCUGUGUCCUGAAAGACACUCUCCAGGGCCAGCUGGACGAGACUGGGCAUCCCUGCCCCCUGCCGUCCACCACCCUGUCUCAGUCCCCACCUCUAACCCCGAAACGUGUGCCCCUGCCAAGACCAGAGACCCACAGUCCCAAAACGAGAAGUGCCCUUAAGAAUCUCCCCAGCCCCCACAGCCCUGGAAUAAAUUUUGCAAUUAGUUUCCAGC